AUGUUUACAGCUUAUUUAAUCUUAUGUCCAAUAGUUGCAUUAGUUUUAGUAGGUAUAAACUGAUUAUUAGCCACUAGUAACUCAUAUGUUGAAAAAGAUGGUCCUUUUGAAUGUGGAUUCACUUCUUUCCAACAAUCAAGAUCCGCUUUUAGUGUAGCUUUCAUCUUAGUAGCUAUCCUAUUCUUACCCUUUGAUUUAGAAAUAUCUUCUAUUUUACCUUAUGUUAUAAGCCCUUAUACUAAUGGUGUCUAUGGUUUAAUAAUUCUUGUAUUAUUCCUUAUGUUAUUAGUUGUAGCCUUUAUCGUUGAAAUACGUCUUAAAGCUUUACAAUUAAACCGUAACUUUACUAAUGAUUUACCUCAUACUGAACUUUAUGAUAUAAAUACUAAAGAUAAUAUAUCUCAAUAA